UUUUCUGUUCACCUUCAAAAUUCAAUUAAUUAUUAGAUUCCCAUGGUUAAUACCUUAAUUACAGUACAGCAAUAUUAAGUGAAAGUUUAUGGACUUUUUCGUUAUAUAUUACAAAAGUCUGUAUUGUUAGCUGGUAUAUUAAUGCUCAUAUAAUACUUUAAGAUGAGCUCUGAUGGAUUAGAAGGCGGUACGAAGUGGACGCUAUCGUUAGCCGCCCAGUUUGAUGAUAUUAAUCGUUUAAAUAAUGUGUUAAAUGAUGGAACAGUGGAAGAAUGUUUUCUAGCUUAUGUAAAGCAAACGGAAUGGGUACGACAACAGUGGGCCGCAUCAGAAGCCGAGGCAGCUCGGCUUCAAACAGAGCUGGAUGAGGCAUUGAGAACUUUAUCUAAAUGGGAAGCUAAAUUUGCACAUGUUCGUAAAAUGCUUGAUGGAGAGAAGAGGGAACGAAAUAUUGUGUUAAAAAAAUAUAAUGAAGUGAAUAAAUUAUUAGAUUUGGCCCGAGAUCUACUGUUUAAAGAUAAUAGAACAAAGUUAAAUGAUGAAACACUUAAUAAGCUGGCCUUCCUCAAUGGUACUGCACAGCAGGAUCUUAACACAAAAAUCAAUGGAGCACAUGAUCUUAAUUCUACAGGAACUCUGUUAUCUGAAAUGUCAUACUCUCGUUCUGAGGAUGACUUAGAUGAGUCCAUGGCAUCUGCUCAUCGCUCUUGGGCACACCGUGGCAGCUGGGCUGUACGAGAGAAUCCACCGGCUAACAAAAAACGACGUUCAUCUACUAAUUCUUCUGCUACUAAGACAGUGGAGCUGCAAGGCGGAAAAGUACUAGCCACCGCUACUACUACACUCACAUUAGAGCGUGCGCCUACCUCACACGACCUUAAACCACCACAGAACUUUCAACCCAUAUCAGAAAGUAGUGAUGAAGCAGCUACUCCGCGUCGAAAAUCUUCUCGUCGCUCAGACAGAAUGCAGCCUCCGCAGGAGUUUGUCACACCCUCUGCUCCACCUAAAACUGAUUCCGAGAGUGCAUCGGACACGGGUCGCUUACCACAACGAACGCCUUCCGUUCUGUCAGCUGGGUUUGGUUCACCUCGAGUAAGGGUCAGGCAGCACAACUUUGUGGCCAAGACUUUCUAUAAACGGGAGAUUUGUGCGCCCUGUGGGAAACCUAUUGGAUUCGCUAAGCUGGGUGUUCGUUGUGAGAGUUGCCGUGCGCCGGCGCACGCUGAUUGCCGUUCGCUUCUGCCUUUACCCUGUGUACCGCCUGGAAAACUGUUGCACAACCAGGAAGGGUGUAUAUCUGAUUAUGCUCCAUCCACGCCUCCAAUGGUACCGGCGUUACUUGUUCACUGCGUUAAUGAGAUCGAGAAACGAGGGCUUACAGAACGUGGCAUAUAUCGCAUCAGCGCUGUUGAUAAGGAGAUUAAACGACUCAAGGAGCGAUUUCUACGCGGCCACGGCUCUCCUCAACUCGCUAGCGAAGAUAUUAAUGUAAUCUGUGGUUGCGUAAAAGACUUCUUACGUUCCCUCCGAGAACCAUUAGUGACGAACGCACUGUGGGCAGAUUUUAUUGAUGCGGCCAAACUGAGCGAGCCAAGUGAUGCAACCGCAGCUAUAGUACAAGCAGUUAGUCAAUUGCCACAGCCCAAUAGAGAUACCCUGGCUUUCUUGAUCUUACACUUGCAGAAGGUAGCAGAAAGUCCAGACUGUGAGAUGGGAAUAGACAAUUUGUCGCGUAUCUUUGGUCCAAAUGUGGUCGGCUACGGCAUGGUGACACAGGCGCCAGAAAUGUAUACUGUCACUACACAGAUGGCUAAUGUGAUGCAAGUUCUACUCCGCCUACCAGGCGACUAUUGGUCCCAAUGGGCGUGUCCAGGGGAUUCGCCUCAACGUGCGCCUGCGCAGACUCCAAGGGGAUUCUUCUUUUCGCCCGCUGAUAAUGGUGUAUCGCGCAAGAAAAGGAACUUUUUCUGAUUUUUUGUUGGUUUGUGUAACCUUUUAGUUUACAAUUGAAUUAAGUUUUUUGUACUUUAUUACGUAGUGUAUUUACAAUAAUAUAUAACAUAUACCUCAAUGUUUCGGUAAUUGCUUAGAGAAAUUAGAUUUAAACUCAACUUUAUAUAACAAAUUACAAACCUAACCUUCACAUUCGGGAAACCGCAUCAAAAUCUGUGCAGUUAUUUAGGCUUAUCGCGAACAGAGGCGUCAGAGAUUCAGAUUUUCACGUUCAAUAUUUAAUUUAAUUAACUACUCAAUUACUAUUAUGGUAUGAAGGUAUGAAAAGUUUUCAUUAGAUGUCUAUAUUAAGUCGCGUUAUUUAUUUAAAAAUAGUCUUAAAAAGUAUUAUAGAAUUGCGUACUUAAUAGUAUAUAAAGCAAAGGGAUCAAAGUGUUCAACAUAUUAUAUCGGUUAAAGUCGCGUUUACUUAUUUUUUUUCAAUUUGAGGCAUUCGAAUUUUUUGAGACCUAAAUACUAAAUAAUUUUAAUAAGUAAACACCCUUAUACCUGAUUAUGUUAUACAUGAAAAGUGCAAAUUAUUUUAUUUGUAUGUUUCCUUUUUUACUCAAGUUAACGGCAGAUUUUUAUUUUAGUAGUGUCACUUUGAAUCCUAAUGUCCACACAUUAUGUACUCAUGCUUACAGAGCUUUAAUUACCCCAUUGAUUGUAAUUUUUUUUUAGUUAAAAUUCCUCAUAGUUAAAAGAAAUCAACUUUCGUGUUAAAUAAAAUCUUAUACUUAAUCAUGGAAUUUGUAGCAGAUUUAACACUAAUCACACAUUACACAAUACUCCAGGCCGAAAUUUUCAAAACGCUUUUUAAGCUAAGACUUAUAUCAAUGUUAGCUGAGUUUUUGACGGUCCGUCCCUUCGUAACAGUUAGCAUUUACAUAAGUGCUGCUAAGAAAUUCGUUUUUGCAAUUAAAACAUUCAUAUGAAACAAAGAUUUUUUUUAUAACGUCAUCCCUGUUUUUUAAAUGUGUGAGUAAUUUUGUAUUAUUUGAAGGAGCUUUCCACAUUGAUACAUUUAUAUGUUAAUGUAUAAAGGCCGUGAAAUGGAUAUUUAAUAACACACUGUGCCUUUAUUUGCCUUUCAAUAGAUGUCAUAUUUAUAAGUUUUUUGUACCUUAUAACUAUAUCACUUUGUUCAAUAAUUAUAGUAUAUACUAGUAUUUAUUUAGUUUACAUAAAUAUGUUUAAUGACAUGUAUCAUUUGUAACAUUAAGUCGACAUUGUUUCUUAAGUUUUUUCUUGACAUUAAAAAUUAUGUGCCUA